CUGAGAGUUGGUCAUAUCCUGACAUUCAAAAAUAAUAAGUCCUCAGAAGUUAUACCAUGUAUGUUCAGAAGAUAUUUACAAACAUUAGAAAAGAAAAGAAACAAAAUCAACGUAAUAAGAGCUACUAUAAAUCAUAUUAACUUAGAAGGUGACGACCAUAAAUCAAUAAGACCAGAGCUGCUGUAUGUAAGUGGGAGAAUGUUUAAACAAAAAUUAAACAUUGAUCAGUUAGCAAAGUGGUUCUCCCCCUAUGGUAAUGUGGAUGUGAAAGCAUAUGGCCAAAAUAAAGCAUUGGUUGCUACAUCAAAUCACUACUGUGCCAAAGAUAUUUUACGAGCAUUUAAACAGCAUAACACAAUCUAUGUGACAUAUUAUAGUGUAUGGAAACACUCACCUAUUGCCAGGGGACUUUUGUGGACAGGGGUUUUGCUAUCAGGAAGUGCUUGUGUUGUUGCCUUAUUGACUGGUGAUAAGGAAACAUGAUCCAAAAGAGAUUUAAUUAAAGGAAAAGACUUGAAUUCAUAUAAAAGAUGGGAAAUUGACAGAAAAGAUGGAAUUAACAUAAAAAAGACUUAAGAUUACCAAAAAAAAAAAAAAUGAAAAA